AUGGGCCGCUCGCAGCGUAAUCGCGGCGAACUAGCGGCACGAAUACGAACUCUCUUUCUGGAUGCCAAAAACAUGGAAAAGGGCACUGGGCCUGGCUGGGCGCUGCAAGCCGUAAACGAAGCCGUUUAUUUCUCCUCGAGUCGAGUCCGCCGCGUCGUUCGAGAUCAAUUAUUAAUCCGGUUCUUCGUUUUCCUCCAUUUUUUGUUCGGUUUAUGUAAAUUAACAACUGGAAGGAAGACGACCGUUCGCAAAUAUGAGAAACCGUACAAAAAGCCUAUUCCGAAAAACUACAUCCACACUGCUGGAAACCACUCGCAAGAGGACAGUUUAGAUAACGCAAACAAGAUCCUGACCUUAGGCGGAGGGGUCGCAACUUUCGGCCGGGCCGAUUCACAAAGGGUGUUGUUUCGCUCGUCGAACCACAUGGGCGCCGGAGGACCGUCCCAAUUCCAGGAGCACAAAAUGCAGCAGCUUAAACGAAUGGGCGUUGGGGCGACUAGCGAGGACGAUCAAGGACACUCGGAAGAAGAAUCAGUGUCUUUCAUCGAUUUGCAACACAACAACCUAAAGCUGCCCGAAAAGAAAGGUAUCUUGAAAAAACACGAUUACUGUUUAUCGAUGGGAGAUGGUGCCCAAUCUGAAGAACUGAUGAGUCAAGCUGAAGCUAGUAUGACUCAACUAAUGUCAGGUUCGGGAGCAUCUGAAGUUGAACGUACCUUAAAAACCUUAAACGGUUAUCAUGAAGAUAUUAUUAAAGCUUUAAGGAAUGCUGCUUCGCAUCGAGGCACAUCCACACCUUCCGGAAGCAGUAGUGCCCUUAGCGAGGAACUUUUACGGAGAAGUUUGCAGCAAUGUGCCGAAAGUUACUCGGAAUACAAGAGGUGUGGUAGUCAGGAGAAGGUAUGCGAGCCACAGGUCGUCGUGGAAGCCGAAGAGGAAGACGAAGACGAGGUACCGCCAUGUGGUCCUAUUAGAAUUCGUAAUUUAGAAGACUUGAUCCGUCAACUCGAACACCAUUCGAGACACAUGAGUCCUAGCGGUUCGGAAGACAUCCGAAUGUCGGAAACGGAGGCCGACCGACACUACCGCCAGGAGUCCUCCUCUGCCUGCAGCGAAAGCAGUCACCAGUCCCACCGCGAGAGCAGGUUCGUGUACGGGCGGUACCGGCAGCCGUCCGGCCGACUCCCGUACCCGCACCCGCACUCCCACCACCAGGCAGAGGAGGAGAGCAUCUACGAGAGCGCGGACCACGACAGAGGGGCCCCUUGCGGCGACACCCCCGACAGCGAAAGUGAUGAAUUUAUUCAAGCUCAGCAACAGAUGGCCCGAUGGGCGAGUGAGGACGCCAUGGGACAGGCGAGUGCGAGCGUCAGCGGCGUCGGCGGCGGCGCCGUGCCCCGAGAGUACUUCCCUUCGCCGAGCAGCUCGACGAGCGAGGAGCCGCCGAGCAUCGCCCGAGCGCCUGUCCCCGCCCCCGGGCCCCCUGGCGCGCCGCCCCACCCGGAGCACGCCACCAUCCACCGGCCCAAGCGAUACCCCGAGUAUAAACACUGAUAGUGACUGAAUUACAGGGUAGACUCUCAGCGACAAGCGCCCAGUGACACGACCUGUACAUAAUUUUGCGUGUGAUGGUGACUGAUCAACGUACGUAGGAAAUAUUCUAAAUCAACGUGUGACCGGCGGUCCUGCACGCCCGAAAGACUCAUCCUCCGACGCAGCCUGGGGGAAAUACAGUGGCGGCGCCGCGUUAUAUCAUUCCUCCGUCUAUACACUUUUUGAUACGUGUUAUACCUCCGCCUGUCUGUUUCCGCCGCUUCCUGUUGAGUUGAACGAAUCUGGAGCCUGACCCGAAAUUCGAAUUUAAAAACCGCCUCGAAAUCAGUAUUAGCCACUGUAUUUCUUUCGAACGUUCUAGCCCGUGCAGGGCCGACCUCGGCCGACUUUUCUGUUUACUAAACGUCGUCAUCGCCAGCUAGUUCACCGCGACGCACCGUAACAACCUUAAAAGACUGAAACGUCCUAGAAGACGACGACCUCGCCCCGCAUUAACCCCCGCUGGAGUGACACGAACAGUUCUCCCCGUGUUAAGUGUUGUGCAGCCGCAUUUUCGGGCUGACUUUUAUAGUUGUUGACAAUUUGUUUACAGAGAGACACGUGCAUUUUAACUAAUUCAAAGUUGAUUAAGGAAAUGCAUGCAUAAUUCUAAAUCCGUGGUGUGUAUAAUGUUGGAAGAUUCCCGAUUUUGCCUUAGUUGUCGGCGCCCUUGCUUCCCUAGCCUAGCCCGCUCGAGAGGUGAAGUCCGCCAAAAAACGUUACAGUUAAACAAAUUAAUAAAAUACAACACGAAAUCGUUCCACGAGGCGAUUUUUUUUAUUGUAGUUUGUAAGUUAGUCUCCAGUUUCUCUUUAGUGAUACUUCACGGAGGCGAAGGCCUAAAUCAUCGUACUAAACGCAGAGUGUUUUGUUGAAGACAGGUCGAUUCGUGUAAACCUAGCUUCACGCGUACGUUACCUACGACACCAACAUUACUUUACGUUCCGCUAAGUUGCAUCAAUUGAACUGUCUGAGGUUUCUGUUGAGAAAGUUGUUGAAUAUUUUUUACGCUCUCCAUCCAUUUCGGUGAAUGAUGUACAGUACCUUUCAAAAACAGUCGUGAGUGGGUACAGUAUGUGUAGUGUUGUUCCUGAACGAAUUGAGUUAGUUGUUAGAUGAUAUUAUUCAAUUCGUUUUAAGUGGACGUUGACUCUUAAGGCCGCGACCCGUCGCAAGGCUGACAUAUCUAAACAACAGGUGGCGCCGCAGACCGCGCGCCUUAAGAGUGAGCAGGUCUCACCACGACUAAAACAAUUCUAAAUGCUCAGUAGAAGAAGUCUGCAGAAUUUUAAAAAUGACAUAUGAGAAAAAUAGUCCAGCGCAAGUAGUGUGCAAAUGUACAUAAGAAAAUCGUGAGUUACUGGAACGAUAGACAUUGUUGCGAUGUUCAUUACAAAAGAAAUAAAACCGGGAAGGUCCGCACCGUUUGUUCUCACUUUUGGUUUCGAUUUAGUUGUGUGUGCCCCUUUACGAGUGACGAGAAAAGAAUCAAACAACUCAAAUUUGUUUGCUUUUUACACGAUACUUACGUUAUAAAUAAUUAAAUGUCAAUUAUAACGUCCAUAUUAUAAUAACCUAAGAUCCAAUGUGCAAUUCAGUUUCUGAACCAAAAUAAUAAUUGUGUAGCUUAGAAAUUGCUGUACAAUAUUCGUUUUUCAGUUAUUAAACGAGGAGAAAUAUAAUAAAAGACGUGCCAAACUGGUCAUUUAACAAUAGUACCUCCUAAUGGAAGCAUCGUUAAUCAUUUUACGGCUAAAAUGUGCACAGUUUGUUUCAUUUUUAGCACAGAGAACGGCACAAAUUUACCACACACCAGCUGCAAUUUGAACAAACCAAAAAGUCUCAAAUAUUUAGUACAUUAUAAAGGAUACCCGAUGGAAAAAUUGCUCAUUGUUGUAUUAUUUGUUUAAAUCUUGUACCCUCUGUACAUAAUGUUAUGUUUAUAAUCGAAUAUCUUAUGAAACCUAUACUGUAUUUAAUAAAAUUUAUGUAUGUUGAAGUUUAUUUGUAAGGGGGUAGAAGAUUUCAGGGUAAUAUAUAAGAGAAAUUUUCACAUGUAUGCGGAAUCACUUGCAAAGUUUUCUAAGGAAAAACAGAUGGAUGUAAAUAUAGUGUUACGACGAUUUAAUCACACUGCCUAUAAAAAUAAAUUAAUUAUUACCUA